AGUUUUACAAAGGAAUUUUCAAAAAGUAUAUUAUCUAGAAUUAAUGCAUUAACGGAAUAAAAAAAUUAUAAAAGUUCUUUAUUAAAAUCUGAUAAUCCUGUUGAUAAUAAUAAAAGUGACUUAAUUAAAAUGGUAUGUAUGGGACUUUCUUAUUUACCUAGUGUUUCAACAGUUAUUCCAGGAAUUGGUGGAGAAGUAACUGUGAGUGCUCAUUCAAAUAAAAUUGCCAAUGAUAAUCAUAAAUACGUUUUUAAAUGGGAAGAUCUUAUGAACAAAUCUGAAGUUGGUAUACCAUCUUAUAUGGUAGAAUCUCUUAAAGAUGUAGGUCCUCAAGUAAUUAAUCGUAUAAUGGAUAAGUUAAGAUCCAAAAACAGUGAAAAUUUAGAUUAUUAUCCUUGUAUACUUGCUGAAUUUACAGCACUUGUUGUAUUAUUUUCAUUGUUACCAUCACUUGAAGUAGAAUUAAAUGAAACCUCAGAAUAG